UCAGUCGACAUUUAACGUCAAAAUUGGAUGCUUUUCGAUUAUCGUUAUAAUUAUUAUAGUUUUUGUGGUCUAAUUGUGUACAAACAGUAAUUUUUAAGUGUUAAUUUAACUGAACUAUAAUAGUUUUUGUGUCUAAGUGAAUAAUUUAAUGUAAAUAGUGAUUAUAAUAAGAAAAACAAAUUGUCGUUAUAACGCCGGUGUCCUAAUAAAGCUUCAAUAUGUUUUCAAUAAAAUAAUACCAGGAAGAAAAAAACUCCCAUCAAGAUAGGGAGAAUUUAGUAGAUUUUCUUAAUUUUUAUUUGACUGUUCAAGUUUUGUCCAUCACAUCUAUUUGUAUAGGUUUGUAAGAUAGUUUAUUUGAUCAAAUAACUAUGGAGACCAGAGUUCGUUCCAGUAUGAUACAAUUUGUUACCCUUUUGAAGUUUAUGGAAGAGCAUGGAGACAUAACUAGGCUCCGUGGUGGACCUCAAACCAGACGUAAAGCAAAACGUUUGUGGCGGGAACUAACUCUGACAUUGAACGCAGUUGAUAAUGUAAGACAGAAGAGCCCGGAUAAAUGGAAAAAGGUCUGGACCGAUUGGAAAUCAAAAACGAAGAGGAAGGCACGCUCCUUACGGCAAGCCAAUGCUGAUAGUAGACCGACUGGAGAGUUGAUGCUCACGCCAUUGGAGAGGAGGAUACUGGCGGUGCCCUCACCCUGGGAGAUCAAGCAGGAGACCGAGGAGGUAUUAGAUGAGGAGGAGCUUGAGGAGCAGGAGGAUAAUAGUCCACAACAUUCGGUGACUGCAAAACAGUCUGAUGAAGAACUGUCAGCUUCCGAAGAUGCAGCAUCAGAUAUGGACCAAACAGAAUCACCAACAGAUGUAAAACCACCCACACAUAGCCGAUCGACAACAAAAUCGACAAGAACUCUAUACAAUAUGAGAUCUCGCCUAAAAUCAGAUCCGUCCACAAGAUCACCUGGAAAAUCAAAUACAGGUCUAGAAAAAGUACUGGAUCAGUUCGCUUCUAUAGAGUUGAGGCGUCUACAAGCCGAGGAGGAGAGAAAUAGACUGCAACAUGAGAGGGAGACCCGAUGGAUCGAAGUGGAGAGUGAGAGGAAUGACCUAUUGAGAUCUCUUGUGAAUAUCGCGAGAUCCUGGUUAGAUUUUCACACGGAUCCCUUGAAUAAUAGGAGUUCCUCUCAAGAAACAUGAUGGCGAGCUAGCUAUGCUCGCCGUCCGCAGGCCUGUGUUUACGGUGGCCGGAGAUCGUCUCGCGAUCGCCAUGUGAAGC